AUGGCCCCGCGGGUCUUCUCCAGGGGCCCCCGUCGGGGGGCCCCCUCAUGGUCUUGGCGGCGGUCUGCUUCUGCGGAGGCCGCUCGCAGCUACGUGGCGGCCCCGGACUCUCCCCCGCAGCCUGAGGGGCCCCCCGGGGGGCCCCCCUCGGGGCCCCCCUCGGGGUCCCCCUGGUGGGGUCAGUGGUGGUGUUUGGGGGCCCCCCGGUGGGGCCUCCGUGGGUGGUGGCCGUGGGGGGGGGCCCCCCGGGGCCCCCGCGCGGCGGAAGGCAGCAGCUGGGUUUGCGCGUUCGAGGGGGCCCCCCCGGGGCGCGUCGCGGGGGCCCCCGGGCGGGGCCCCUUGCCGUUGUGGCUGGAGCGGGGCUGGGGCUGGUUGCUGCUGCUGCUGCUGCUGCUGCUGCUGCUGUCGGGGUGGGCGGUGUUGGCUGCGUGGGGUUCGGUGGGGGCCCCCCUGGGGCCCCUCCUGGGGGCCCCCCCGGCGGUGGACUACGGGGUGGUGAUUGACUGCGGGUCUCACGGCUCGCGGGUGAACGUGUUCCGCUGGCAGUUCUCGCCGGGGCUGGCUGCGGCCUUCGGGGGCCCCCCCGGGGCCUUCGCGCUGCAGCUGCAGCAAAUGGUGGCAGCAGCAGCAGCAGCACUGGCAGCAGCAGGCGUUGCUGCUGCUGCGCUGCGGGGGGUGCCGCUGUACGUGAAAGCCACGGCGGGGCUGCGCGCGCUGCAGCAGCAGCAGCGGGACCUGCUGCUGCAGCAGCUGCGGCUGCUGCUGCAGGACCAAACCCUAAACCCUUUUUUUUUCCGCGGGGACUUCGCCAGAGUCCUCUCCGGAGAAGAAGAGGCGGCCUUCUCCUGGGUGGCGGCCAACGCGCUGCAGCAAACCCUGGGGGGCCCCCCGGGGGCCUCCCGGGGGGCCCUCGAGCUGGGGGGCAGCAGUGCCCAAAUAGCCUUCAGCCCCGCAGCCACUUCUCUCCUUGAGGGUUUCUUUGCCCUUCACUUGGGGCCCCUUUACCUCCGCCUUUACGCCCAUUCUUUCCUCGCCUACGGCUGGGCCGAGCGCCUCCACCGGGCCAGCGUCAAGCUGGCCGCUGCGGGGCUUUUGGGGGCCCCCCGGGGGGCCCCCGGGGGGCCCCGGGAGGGGGC